UACUAUCAAUUUAAACAGUGCUACCAACAAAAAAAUAUCCCGCCGCGACGCAAAUUUUGUAAUAAUUAUUAGCUAAAUUUUAUUCACAUUAAAGCGAUAAUUCUCAGAAUGACUGAUAAUUACAAGCGGUAUGAAAAAUCACUGGGAUUGCUUACAACAAGAUUUGUUUCUUUGCUGCAAAAAGCUAAAGACGGCGUACUAGAUUUGAAAAUUGCUACUGAUCUUUUAGCUGUUAGGCAAAAGAGAAGGAUAUAUGAUAUUACUAAUGUCUUGGAAGGUAUCGGUUUAAUUGAAAAGAAAAGCAAAAAUAGCAUACAAUGGAAGGGUGUUGGUCCUGAUGGAAAAACGAGCAGUAUUGGUGAAAAAGUAACAUUACUUCGGUGGCAAAUCGGGAAAUUAGAGGAACAUGAGCAAUUACUUAAUAAACAGCUACAUUGGAUUGAACAAAGUAUUAAAAAUGUUUUGGAUGAUACAGAUAAUCAAGCUUUAGCUUAUGUAAAGGAAAAUGAUAUAAAACAAUGUUUUGAAGAUGACCAAGUGUUAGUUUUAGAGGCUCCAUUGGGGGCAGAUUUUACAGCCGGGACAGUGCCCAAGAAGGAUAAGGAGCAGAACUAUAUCCUACAUGUCAAAUCCCAGGAUCCGAUUGGUGUAAUAUUACUGUGUGAUAAAGAAAAGUUAAAGGAUGUAGAAGAUGAAGAAAUGGAUACAGUAGUUCAGGAAUCCUUGGAAACUGACAUAGGUGUGGCACAAACUAAUUAUUUAUUAAGAUUGAGUCCACCACCUUCCAAACACGACUUUUCGUUUUCAUUAUGUGGUUCAGAAGGUUUAUGUGAUUUAUUUGAUAUACCUUGUUAA